CCUAGGCCACCAGAGAUAAAUCGGUGUGAUAUGUGAAUUCGCUUUAAUGACCAGCAAAGUAUAGCCAGUCUUUACAUUAAUUAUCUCACCUAUAGGACUCUGUUGAUGAUGCCAGACUAUUUGUGCUUGACAUACUCCUGACUGCUCCUAGAUCCAGUUUUUUUAGCCGAAGUUGGAAUAUGUGAUCUUUGACAACUCAUCUGUAAUCUGACUGAAAAGAUCUGUUAUCAGCCUCAUUUUACUAUGCAUUAUAUGUAGGAUAUCUAAAUCAUGUGAUUAAAAUGUUCUCUUAUAAGCAACAUUGUUUGUGAGGUUUCUUUAAUGUCUAUGGGUUACAUUGCCUGCAUGUUAUGGCCUACUAUUUAUGUUUGAAGCCUGUUCUUUUAGUCAUGAGCAAAUUUUAGGUUUCGCGUUUGGAGUGAGUUUUCUCUUGAAAUUCUGAUGCAUCUUCUCACUUUCCAUAAGCCCAUAAUCACACAAUGAAUAGAAAGAGGGAUCUGCAGCCUAAUAAGUCCUUUUAUUGGAACUGAGGCUUUGUAUUUAUGCUCUGACUGAUCAAUUUUCUUCCAUGGCUAUGUGAUGUGGAAAGAUGACCAAAUAGGUAAUUAUUUCGACAGGGAAUCAGGUUUGCGACGAAAAACUUUGGUUGCCUGAUAUAGAUGCUUGAUUUCCCCUGACCGCCUGCUUUCUUUAACAGAUGAUUAUCUUUCGGAAACAUAAGUGUACAAUAUUCUCUUGCAGAAUGUACCUUUUUUUCCCCUCAUGCUAUCUGCAUAGAUGUUGCAGUUCUGGUUUCUUUUUAGUAUUUUGAAUAUCUUGUUAAAUUCUGCUCAAUUGAUCUGUCAGUUUCGUAGAUUUAUUCGUGUUCCUCUAUUUCUAGUUGAUUAGUCUUCCCGAGAUUGCCACAAGAUACUUUUGGUCGGUGAGCAUGCGGCAUGUUGCAAGAAGUUACUUGGAUACCUGGUUUUAUCAGUGAUGUUCUAUAUGACGUUCCAAAGAGGAUAGAGAUUUUGGGCCAAGAAGAAGGCUCUAAUAUGUGAACUUUCUGAUGAAUCUAAUUGAAGGGAUAUGUACUCUACGACUUGCCAAUAUUCUUGUGUUUGGGUGGGCUGGGAGAAAAACGAUUGUGUGGAUCGUACUGAUAUGUCUCUUCUUAUUGGGCUCAGAGAAAAUGGGUUUUUUGUUGGCCAUACAGUUUUGAAGGUGGAGUAGGAAAAGCGCAUGGCUAAACACGAGAAAACUUGCUUGGAAAAUUAACAUUUUUUUUAUCCAUUUGCUUUUGAUACGUUUGGUUCUCUUGCCCCAACUGUUUUGGAAUUUCUUAGUAGGGUUCAGAGGGUCGUGCAUAGUAAUAUCUCGAACCUUAAGGCUCAGAACUUUGUUUUUAGUAAUAUGAGAAUUCCAGAAGUCAAUUGUUUGGUUGGAUUUCGUCUCCCACAGGCAGGCAGCCGCAGAUGUACUACUCCAAGGUUAGCCAUCUUCGUGUUCUACUACUACUACUAAUCGCGCUUGCUGCUGCGGCUGCAUAUCAUCUAGCCGCCGGCGAAAUCCGGCACAGCGAGAUCAGUAUGGACAACAGCUUCUUCACCCCCUUGGACGAUUUCAUGUUCACCCAGACCGGGCGGCUGGAGCUCAACAUCACCGGCCUCUCCUUCUUGCCGCCGGCCAACCUCUCGAAAGUGGGGUUUGUCAUCCAGCGGCACGGCGGUUUCUUAAUUUCAGUCGACGACUUCAACUCCACUGUUUGCCCUCUAGAAGCGGAUAACCUGCAGAAGGUCCUCACAUUCGACCAGCUCCCCAAUCUCAACACCUCGCGGUUGAAUUUCGUCUACUCGGACACCAAACCUGGUUUCUGCACUCUCCUCUUCGUUAAUUGCCCUCAGCAGAUGAACGUAUCCAUGCGCGUCCGCUCUUCCAUGUACAAUUUGGAUGAGGACGACAAGCGCAAUUAUCUCACUUGCACCACAUUACCUUUGGUUUACUACCUCUUUUCCUUGGUUUAUCUGGUUCUGGUUGCGGUUUGGGUUCGCGUGCUGUCCGUGCACAGGGCCUAUGCUUCUGGGGUUCAUUACUUUAUGCUGGCCGUGGUGCUAUUGAGUGCCUUGAACAUGUUUUGCCAGGGGCAGGAUGAGUGGCGUAUCAUGCGAACCGGAUCUGGUGAUGCUUGGGAGCUUUGGUUUUACACCUUCAGUCUCCUGAAGGGCCUCUCUUUUUACACUUUGGUGCUCUUGAUUGCCAGUGGAUGGAAGUUCUUGAAGCCGUAUCUGCUCAAGAGGGAGAAGAUUGUUUUGAUUGCUGUGAUGGGCCUUCAGUGUGCUGGGAAUGCGGCCUUGGUUUUAGCUCAUAAGAGAGUGGGCAGCUACGACUUCGACAUCCUCUGGGAAGCACUCGUUGGCACCUUUAAUCUGAUCUCAGCACUUGCAGCUCUCCUCUCCAUCAAAUGGUCUAUCAAUUUCUUGCUCGCACCCCACCCCCACAGAAGAGAUUCCUUUGUUUUGAAGAAUUUGAAGUUUUUCAGGGACUACAUGAGCUUCUCAGCCGACUUCCUUCUCACAGGCCGCUCUGGGGCCGUACUCCUUGAAAUCCUCCUUCCUCGUGACAAACUAUGGAUUGCCGUCGCCGGAGUUGAGGGACUCAGUGUGGGAUUCUAUGUGUACACUGCGCGUAGUUUCAUCCCUCAGCCACAGGAGCCCCACUGCGUCGACGAAGAAGUGGAAGCCGCAGCCAGAGACGAAUUAUUGGCUCUCUGUCUUUCAGUGAAAGGCAUAGAAGCCAAAUGCUUUGAAUGCUGUUAAAAAAUAAUAUAUUUGUCAAUUCAUUGGCAACAAGUUAGGACAGGAGGAAUUAUGUUUCCUGAGGAUGCUUCCUAGUUGAUGGUCUUUGUCUAGCUUUUUUUUUCAUAGUCAAAAUUGUUUUGUUUUAAAUUUCACAUUAAUAUGCUCCUUAUGGAAUGGAAAUAAUUUAUUUCUUCCUUA